UAGUAUUAAUUCAAUUCCCUAAUCAAAUUUAUCAUGGCUAUUUUAUGUAAAUCUACAAACAGGAAUGUUUUCGUUCUUUUAUUUUUAUUUCGACUUGUUACUACGACGAACACGUGUAUCAGUCCCAGUGAUACCGGGGAGAUCGGAAAGAAAUUACCAAAUUCUACGUUCAUGGUGAUAUUUGAAAUCGGAAUCCAUUUAUGUUUCAAAGAAUGCGAAGCCUAUGCCAUAUGUUUGUCGAUUAACUUUAACCCCACGACGUUUAUGUGCGAAUUGAACAGUCAGAAGAAAAACGAAAGCCUGACUUUAGACAACGAUAGCAGCUUUAUAUACAAGGAAAUACCUGGUGUCCUUGAUUACACAGGUAAGAAAUGUGGGACGCUCUCGUGCAAACAGUACUCCAAAUGUGUCCGUACACGUUCCAAGGAAUUUGUCUGCAUCGCAGUAGGAUGUGCUGAUCCAGCUCCAGACUUAGAAAAUGGAAGAGUGGCAAUCAAGACGUUUUCCCCUCCAUCAGUCACAUUCGAAUGUAAUCCUGGUUAUACUGGUGUAGGCACCAAAAAUAUCAUCAAUUGUCCUCCCGGUGGAAAGUGGUCAUCAUUAUCAUAUCGAUGUGAGCCAUCAGUGAUGUUGGAACAUGUUGCCUUCCAUGCCGUGGCUUACAGUUCUACAAAUGUAACUGACAUUAUAUUCGAUCACGUGAUCACAAAUAUCGGAGGUGGAUACGACAAUGUCACUGGCGUUUUUACUGUAUCCACAACAGGAUUGUAUGUGUUCUCCUGGACGAUAGAGACAUACGGACAAUUGACAGAAGGGGCUCUCCUUGUGAACGGAAUGCAGGCGGGACUGUCCAAAGCUCAUCAAAGUUUUUUUAAUUACGAUACAUCUACAUCUUUUGCCGUCCUUAACCUUACAGUAAACGAUAAAUUGUCGGUGAGGGUCAUUACAGGACGUGCAGAAGCGAGACAUACUAUGUUCUCUGGCUGGAAGAUCAAUAAAACAGAUGACACAGCGUUUAAUGCUCUCCUUUCACGUGCUGUAAGUAGUUCUCUUAUCAAGUACAAGAACGAAGGUUCUGUAAAUAGUUCUCAUAUCGUGUAUGACAACGAAACUUUAGACACAGAUAAUGCGUACUCCACAUCAACUGGAAACUUUGUGGCGCCUCGUUCUGGUCUUUAUAUCUUCAUGAUGUCAGCUCUUAGCAAUGGAAGCUCCUGGUACAGUUGCACAUUUCACUUCAGUAAUGGAACGUCUCAGCCGAAAGUUUGGGUGCGUUGGAACGGAUAUUACAACAGUGUGAGCUACAUGACAUUUGCUUGGUUAGAUACUGGUGAUGCUGUGUAUGUAGAUGCUGAUAACGACGUGAAUCCUGAUGCAUUGAUUACCACUUCUGUUUUUGCGGGAUGGCAACUAGUAGAUAAAAUGAGUGUGUCCAGGUCCACAUACCCAGCAUUCCUUGCUUCUCUAAGUGGAGAUUUUUCCGGAACGCCGGUCGUCUUUGGUACAACUUACUCCGGAUAUCACCAUGGUUACUCAACUACCACUGGGAUAUUUACUGCAGAUCGUGAUGGAGUAUACGUGUUUCUGUACAAUAUAGAGGCUCAAUGGAAUCUUGUACGCGCUACAUUGAACGUGAACGGCAUUGAUAUAUUUGAAACGAGAUCGGACGGUCGUAGUUAUGUUUAUGACGAAACUUCCACCGCUGUAUCUGUGCUCCAACUAUCUUCUGGCGAUAAGGUAUAUGUUGAACUUAAAUAUGGAACAGUUAGUGGUGGUGAAUCAAUGUUUUUCGGGGUACUUCUCUUUGAACUGUAACCUGAACUUCUUCAUUAUCAAUUAAUCUUAAUAAAGUUGUAA